UAGAAAAUGAGAUCGCUGACAAAUGACAAACAAUUGACUAAUAAGAAAGGAGUUGGUGAAUGAAGCUGUCUGUCUGUCUCUACCCACUUUUCUCCUCAUUCUUAAAACUAACUCUUCUUCACUCUCAAACUCAAACCAACACAAACCAAACCAAACCAGAUAUAAGUAGAUCAGAGUAGAAGAAGAUGGGAACAAAUGAAUGGCAUGUUGAAAGAAGAGAUAGCAUUGGUACUGAAUCUCCUGUAGCAAGAGAGGUACUUGAAACUGGCACACUCUCUAUUGUUGUGCUUGGUGCUUCUGGUGAUCUUGCUAAGAAGAAGACAUUUCCUGCACUUUUCCACCUAUAUAAACAGGAAUUGUUGCCACCCGAUGAAGUUCACAUUUUUGGCUAUGCAAGGUCAAAGAUCUCUGAUGAUGAAUUGAGAAACAAAUUGCGUAGCUAUCUUGUUCCAGAGAAAGGUGCUUCCCCUAAACAGCUAGAUGAUGUAUCAAAGUUUUUACAAUUGGUGAAAUAUGUAAGUGGCCCUUAUGAUUCUGAAGAUGGUUUUCGCUUGUUGGAUAAAGAGAUUUCAGAGCAUGAAUAUUUGAAAAAUAGUAAAGAGGGUUCAUCUCGGAGGCUUUUCUAUCUAGCACUUCCUCCUUCAGUGUAUCCGUCCGUUUGCAAGAUGAUCAAGACUUGUUGCAUGAAUAAAUCUGAUCUUGGUGGAUGGACACGCGUUGUUGUUGAGAAACCCUUUGGUAGGGAUCUAGAAUCUGCAGAAGAACUCAGUACUCAGAUUGGAGAGUUAUUUGAAGAACCACAAAUUUAUCGUAUUGAUCACUAUUUGGGAAAGGAACUAGUGCAAAACAUGUUAGUACUUCGUUUUGCAAAUCGGUUCUUCUUGCCUCUUUGGAACCACAACCACAUUGACAAUGUGCAGAUAGUAUUUAGAGAGGAUUUUGGAACUGAUGGUCGUGGUGGAUAUUUUGACCAAUAUGGAAUUAUCCGAGAUAUCAUUCAAAACCAUCUGUUGCAGGUUCUUUGCUUGAUUGCUAUGGAAAAACCCGUUUCUCUCAAGCCUGAGCACAUUCGAGAUGAGAAAGUGAAGGUUCUUGAAUCAGUACUCCCUAUUAGAGAUGAUGAAGUUGUUCUUGGACAAUAUGAAGGCUACAGAGAUGACCCAACUGUACCGGACGAUUCAAACACCCCGACUUUUGCAACUACUAUUCUGCGGAUACACAAUGAAAGAUGGGAAGGUGUUCCUUUCAUUGUGAAAGCAGGGAAGGCCCUAAAUUCUAGAAAGGCAGAGAUUCGGGUUCAAUUCAAGGAUGUUCCUGGUGAUAUUUUCAGGAGUAAAAAGCAAGGGAGAAAUGAGUUUGUUAUCCGCCUACAACCUUCAGAAGCUAUUUACAUGAAGCUUACGGUCAAGCAACCUGGACUGGAAAUGUCUGCAGUUCAAAGUGAACUAGACUUGUCAUAUGGGCAACGAUAUCAAGGGAUAACCAUUCCAGAGGCUUACGAGCGUCUAAUUCUUGACACAAUUCGAGGUGAUCAACAACAUUUUGUUCGCAGAGACGAAUUAAAGGCAUCAUGGCAAAUAUUCACACCGCUUUUACACAAAAUUGAUAGAGGGGAGUUGAAGCCGGUUCCUUACAAGCCGGGAAGUAGAGGUCCUGCAGAAGCAGAUGAGUUAUUAGAAAAAGCUGGAUAUGUUCAAACACACGGUUAUAUAUGGAUUCCUCCUACCUUAUAGAGUGACCAAAUUUAAUUAUAACACAAGGAUUAGGAUUAUCAGGAGCUUUAUAAUAAGUAUGCAAUAAGCUUGUGAAAUUUCCGUUAUAAUCUCUCUCAUUUUGGGGUGUAUAUCAAGCAUUUAAGCGUGUGUUUGACGCAAUUUGUGUAAUAGAUUUGGCUCUGAAUGAAAAUAAAUGGGAAUUGUUUAUCUUUUUGUUUAAUGAAUGGAAAAGGGGAUAGAGUUUUGGUUAA